AAAACUAACAACAAAAUUUUAAAAUAUAUGUAUCUAUUGUUUAAUAUCGAAUUUCAGUAAACAAAAGAUGUGAUUUAAUCGAUUAUACUCAUUACCACUUGAAACAUCCCAGGAUUAAUAUGAGGAGGGAAUUUGAACGAUGUGUUUUCGUAUAGAUAGCUAUGGAAGACAAUUUAAGUGUUAAAUCAAAUGAAUCUAUAGCUACUAGUGAGGAGUUUGAUUUCGUUACCGACAAGCCCGGGAUAAGCAAAACGCCCACUUUGGAUAUCAAAAACGGAGAUUUGACGCAACUCAAAGAUGCACUAACAGAGGUGCUACUGGAGGCGAACAUGGACGAUGAGUGCGAUAGUAACUCGACCACCAAACUAGUGGGUCAAUCAAAAUUUUACGGAUAUCCCGUCCAGCCAGGCGAUGAUCCCCUUACCGGGGAAAUAAACUUAUCUCCUACAGAAAAACAGGAUCCGAUGAAACCAGGAUCAAGCGAAGAGGAUGUCUCGGAUAUUGACCAAGACUGUACAAUAUUUUCUGGUGUUACCUACCUUGGAGCUGCGACAAUCAAUGCUCCUAAAUCUGAGGCCGAAAUACAACGUAACAUGGCGAUUUUAAAUGAACAAAGUGUUGAUCUGGGAAUCAAGGUGGCUGUUUCAGUACCUAGCUCCUCACAAGGAGUUGUAGUGUUAUAUGACGCUACCAGCAAUUCUGUGAUAUCCAGGUAUGAGAUACACAGGAUACUAUUCUAUGCUCGUGGACCAGCAGGAACUCCAGAACAGGGAUGUUUUGCCUUCACUUGGUCACACGGUGAAACCCAAGAGUCAGCCAUUUUUCAGUGCCAUGUCUUCAGAUGUGAUAUUGCGGAAGCUGUCGCUAGGGUUUCAGCUCGAAAAAUGAAAGUACAAUCAUCUAUUCCAGCAUGUUUUGCGAAGGCCUUUCAGAGGGUUUCCCGGUCCAUGAGCAGUUCUAUAACGUCCGCAGCCGAUAUGACAGGAUCCAUAACUACUCUACCGGAGGCUAGAACGCUCAUGUAUGUCUUUGAGGUCAACCUCGAAAUAAAAGAAGAGGACGGCAAGGGCGGUUAUUGUACGGUGGGCAAAGACAAGCACGGAUUCAAACUCAAGACGAAUUCAUCAAAGCAGUUGUGUCUGACAAUAAAACAAGUAUCCGAUAAUGGGCCGCAGUUGUUGAUUGAGAGGUGUUUCGGAGUGCUCAUCGCCUCUGGAAGGCACGUUAGGCAUUCUGACAUGCAACUUUUAGAAAUGAGGGAAAAAACAACGACGAGUUUGUCUUUGGACAAGAAUUGCACCCAAAUUUGCGCGAUCUGGGACCCAACGGAAGCCAAUUUCGAAUCUUUGAAUGCGGAAACGCCGAAAGACGUGAAACAGUUCAUGACUGUGGCUGUAGAUUUGGUCAUACGGGGGAUACAGGAACCUGUAAGGUUCCAGAUCGAAACUAAGGUCAGGGUUUACGGUCAGAAUGAGAGGAAUUUUUGGUAUUUCCAAAGGAAAAAUCUCACCCAGCAGUUUUUCCUUAAUCUCAAAGAGGUUCUUUCUGUGGAAGAUGUCUACUACGAAGUGUUGAGCAUGGAGACGUCUGGCGAGUUGGACAGAAAUCUGCUCAAUUUGAAUCUGAACUUGACCAGUUUGAUUCAAUCGCCCAGCAUAAAUUCCAUCGAUACCAUAACCCCGAAGGAAGAAUAUUUUUCAGACGGCGAUGAACCCUUGCUGAGUGGAACGGGGAUGGUCUCCAAAGACUGUUCCGAAGACGUGUUGGACAAUUGGGCGGAAGUACUUAGCCAGUGGAAAUCCACCAAAAAACGUCCCAAACAGCUCACCGCUUUGGUUAAGUUGGGUAUUCCUGAAGCCCUCAGAGGUGAAGUCUGGCAACGUUUAGCUGGAAUAGAGGAAAAUACUGAAAUGAUGGACAAUUACCGUGUUCUCAUAACGAAGGAUAGUAACUGCGAGAACGUUAUACAAAGCGACAUAGCCAGGACCUUCCCAGCUCACGAUUUUUUCAAGGAAGUUGGGGGUCUGGGGCAAGAUUCGCUCUACAGGGUGAGCAAAGCGUAUGCCGGAUACGAUUUGGAAGUGGGGUAUUGUCAGGGUUUGAGUUUCCUCGCAGCCACCCUCCUCUUGCACAUGCCCGAAGAGCAGGCCUUCUGCGUGCUGGUUAAACUGAUGUACGAUUACGGCCUUAGGGAUUUGUACAAGGACGGUUUCGACAACCUCUACCUCAGGCUCUACCAGCUGAACCGUCUGAUGGAGGAGCAGCUGCCAUCUUUAUCCCAGCAUUUCGCCGAACACAGCGUGGAGACGCACAUGUUCGCCUCGCAGUGGUUCCUGACCCUCUUCACUGCCAGAUUCCCGCUCUACUUCGUUUUUCACAUAAUCGACGUGUUUUUACUCCAAGGAAUCGACACGAUUUUCCAGAUCGCUCUGGCGUUACUCAUGCUGUGCAAGAAGGAUCUGCUCCAGUUGGACUUCGAGGGUAUACUGAAGUACAUCAGGGUGUCCCUGCCGAAGAAAUGCCGCACCGAGGAGUCGGCCAAGCAGCUGAUCAAGCUGGCCUGCAACAUAAAACUGAAGAAACUGAGGAAGUACGAGAGCGAUUUCAACGAUCUGAAGGACAGCUGGGAAAUUAUCAAUUUGGAUUCAGAGCAAGCGAACAACGCGGAAGAGGCCAACGAGCUGGAGCAGAUCAAGACGAUAAUGAACAAUCAGGAGGAGGAGAUCAAGCUGCUGAGGGACGAGAUCGAUCAGCUGAAGGGGAUGCUGAAGAGGGAGAUCAACCAGGCGGAGAACGACAAGAAGACCAACUUGACCAUCAUACAGGAUUACGAGGUCACCAGGAGGCAGAUGGAUACCAAGCUUCAGGCUAUGAAGAAGGAAUUGGAAAUUUUGAAGUCGAAAAUGUCCCAGUGCGACAAAUGCUUGCAGCACAUAGAACCCCUCGAUAAAAAAAUCGAAUACAUAAUGGCUUCCGGAGAUCAGAUAACGCACGACGACAAGGCGAGAGACAGGAUAAGGGAAUUGGAGCUGGAAUUGGCCCAGACGAAACUGGCAAGGGUGGAGGCGGAAUGCAAGAACCAGGACCUCACCCAUCAACUGAGAGCCGCCGAGUUGGACUUGACCACCACGAAGAACAACUGGCCGCCCUGGCUGAGCAAAACCCUGACCUCGAUCAAGGAGGCAGCGAAACAGAAGGAAUUUCCGUCUUUUAACUACCCCUCGAACUACCCUAACCUAAGUCAGAAUCCCUCCUUUGUGUCGCACGUCGGUACUGUCAAAAGGGACAGUUUACCGCGUGACCACACGACAAUAUCCAAAGAAAGACCAAAAGAAUCGCCGCCCUUACUUAAAGAUUCUCAGAGUUGUAGCAGCCUUAAAAGCCAUAAUUAGUGUCUGAAUUUUAUCAAGUUCAGUUUUCGGGUACUUUAAGAUUGAUCUGAGACUAUCUUCAAAUAUCAAGCAAGCAAUGAAAUCGGUUUAAUAUCAUUGAUCUUUCUCGGAAGUGCCUGAAGACCGGAUUAAACUAUGAAAAUUGUUGGUAUUUUUUCAUUCCGAGCAAUUUUUACACAUUAUUUAAAUACUAUCGAGUAAUAGGGAUUUCUCCCUAAAUGUUUUAUGUAUUCAAUAACAUUAUCACUAAACGACGGAGUUAAGUUGGUGUGAUGUGAGAAGUUAGCUGCGUUCUUAUUAUUGAUAUUAACACCCGAAUAGUUCGUUUCGUCAGAAGUAAACUUGUUUUUAUUUAUUUUAUUGGGAGGAAAAUUGUUAAGUUAUUAAAAUUUUCUACGAAUUAGUCCGGUUUAAAUCACAUUUAAAUUAUUCGAUUUGGUAUAAAUUGUACAAUUCAUUAUGGAGUACAAGUGUAUUUUUCUUCAAAGUGUCUCAAAUCUUUUCUAGUCCGAAGAUUUACUCCCCAUACCAAGUUUCAACUCACUUUGAUAUUGUAAAACGGAAUACUCCCCACAGAAAUUAUUGUUGAAUGGGCUUGAUUUGUUAUUUUUUUUUUUUUUCGUAACAUCGAUUUGAAAACCUGCGUUUCAAUCAGUUCCAAUCUUCAACUUACCGAAAUAAUGUUAAGAUGUUAUGUUGUAUUAUUUGGCUAUUUUAUACAUGCCAGCCAUCAGUAUAGUGAUAGCUUCGUGAUAGUCUUUUUAUUAUUAUUAAAAAACUUGCAGUUAUUUUUAAUAAAAACUUAAUACUCUCAA